AUGAAGAUUGCUACAGCUUUUGCCAUCCUCGCUACUUCGGCAACGGCUCACCCUGUCGAAGAGCGUGCCGAGGAAAACAAAGCCGAGAUCUAUGCUCACAACGUUCUGCACAAGCUCGAAAUGCUCAGCUGGGACAAGUCACAGCCGCCCAAGUACGAGACUGGCAAGGACUGGCAGUACACUUGCGCCCCCAUCUUGAUGGGCAACUUGUUCGGCUCGAGCGCGGACCAGGUGCAGUUCUGGGAGAAGAAUUCGAUUCUGACCGAUCGCCCGGUGAAAACGGAGGCAUUUUACCUCUCCGUCGUGGACGCUACGAGUGUGCAUACGGGAUCCGAAGGGACCGGGAGCGUGGAAACCGCUCAGUCGACCACGAACACCAAGACGGAAACCAAGGGCUGGAACAUUGGCGCAAAGGUGACCGGUAACUUUGGCAAGAAAGACGUGGCUGCUGGCGUCGUCGAGCUCUCGGGCCAGUACUCGGAAUCCACGACGUUGACCAAUACCGAGACGACGACGGUCACGUUCAAGGGCCCCUGCCCGCCAGCCCACGAGUGCCGCAUCGAGACCUGGACUUUCCAUCUCAACAUCGACGCGACGGUCUCCCGGGAGCUGGGAUACCAGGUCUGGAGCAUUUCAAAUGGGAUGCUCGGCGAGCGUCCUCUGUGUCUCAUGGAGGAGAAAUUCAGGAUCUGCGAUCAGUUCACCUCCCGUUACGACGCCAACUGUGCCAAAGACGGCAGCUUCGGCCUUCUCGAGCCGACCAAGAAUGUCCAUCUGACGGUCCCGAUCAGGGAGGCCAACGGCAUUCAGGCCAUGAGCCGCUUGGUCUUGGUCCAGGAGCCGCUGUCCUUGAAGAAGGCCAGGGACGAGUCAGUGCCGGCCAACAUGGGAACAAAGGAGACCAUCCAGAAGGCCAUUGAGCAGGGGACCAAGUUUGAGUUCUUGAACUAG